GAGAAAUGAACAUGCAUGUGGAACCCAAGGAGUUCCCAGUCUCUGCAGAAGUUCACAUUUUUAUAAUAGCAGGAUGAAGGGAGGGGAGUGACGUGGGAAGGGGGACUUUGCUAGCAGCAAAGGUGGGAAAAACGACAAGAUCACCCGCUACAGGGAGGAGAAAGGUGAUGGCAAAAGCCUCAUUCUUUUCCCUUAGGAACUACUAGCCUACGGAGACAGGAGCGUCUGCUCCUCUGCAGAGGACCCCAGCUGCGCAGGCAUUAUCCCAGCCUGGUACAGCCUGACUGGCGCCUGUCCUGCCUCCCAAGGACACACAUGGAAUCCAGCUUGGGGUGCAACAACUAAUUAUGUCGGCUCAGGAGGAGCUUCGGCCUCCGGCAUGCUCUGCGUGCAGUGAUUCUGGGAAAUAUGGCAACUCAAAAAGAGUCUCCGUUAGCAGCAGGGUCGCCAUGGCGAAGAGCAAAUUCGAGUACGUUCGGGAUUUCGAGACGGAUGACACAUGCCUAGCCCAUUGCUGGGUGGUGGUGCGGCUGGACGGAAGGAACUUCCAUCGUUUUGCAGAAAAACACAACUUUACAAAACCCAAUGAUAGCCGAGCCCUGGAAUUGAUGACCCAAUGUGCCCAGACUGUAAUGACACAACUAGAAGAUAUUGUCAUGGCGUAUGGACAAAGUGAUGAAUAUAGCUUUGUAUUCAAACGGAAGAGCAAUUGGUUUAGAAGAAGAGCCAGUAAAUUUAUGACAAACGUGGCUUCUCAGUUUGCCUCCAGCUAUGUCUUUUAUUGGAAGGAUUACUUUAAGGACCAAGACCUUCUAUACCCUCCAGCCUUUGAUGGAAGAGUCGUGGUGUAUCCUAGCAACCAGACCUUAAAGGACUAUCUCAGUUGGCGACAAGCAGAUUGUCACAUUAAUAAUCUUUAUAACACAGUUUUCUGGAUGCUGAUACAGCGAUCUAAAUUAACACCAGCACAAGCUCAAGAAAGAUUACAGGGAACACUUGCUGCAGAUAAGAAUGAAAUUUUGUUUUCUGAAUACAACAUCAACUACAAUAAUGAACCACCAAUGUACAGGAAAGGAACUGUACUCAUAUGGAAAAAGAUUAAAGAAGUUACAUCAAAGGAAAUCAAGCUUCCAGGAGAAACAGAAGAAAAAAAAGUUGAAGUGACACGGACAAGGACUAAACCAGUGGCUUUACACUGUGAUAUCAUUGGCGACGCUUUCUGGAAGGAGCAUCCUGAGAUCCUUGAAGAUGACAGCUGACUUGUUUUUCUUUUCCUUUCUUGUGGUUAUCCAUGCAGGCAUUGGAUUCCUGCUAGCUAACCUACCUCUGACAUUUUAUGUAAGCAGCAAGAACAGUCAGUUUUGGGGGGAAGGAAAGAAGGAGAAAGAAGUAGCACAUCUUACUCUUCUGAAAGCAGGGCACCUUUUUUGUACCAUAGAAACAUGGUUCCAUUUGCAAAAACACAAAUAAAAUUGUGUUACUAUUUUUGCAAAGCAAUUAGCUGUAUCUUGCAUAAUUAAUCUUUUUAGACCGUGGUAUAAAUUAUUUUUAAAACUGCCACCUACUCCUAACUAGCUUAGAGUUAGGAUACAGUGACCUUGAAAUUCUUGCCCUUCUAAAUGAUCUGUGUACAUUUCUCCUUGGCAGACCUGGAAAUAAACAUGGAGUACAUGUUUAUGAA